AUUCACUCUGAAAUGAAUCAAAAAAAAAAAAAGAAAAAAAAAGGCUAUAUAUGAGUUAUGAUAAUUUUUAGCACAGCUCCUCUGGAGGGGGGUGGCCGGUGCAACCUAUUCUUCUGGUAAAAAUUAAAGAUUGGAACUGAGAAAUGAGGAAGUGUGAGGAAGACAUGGAGGGAGAGAGAGAGCAAGGCCUUGACCAGGGAGAAUAAGAGUCAUGCAAAUGAAAUUGAAAGCACAUGAAAAGUGUGUUGUUCUAUUUUUUUUCUUUUUCCAAACGCACAUCUAGUGGCCACAUCUUAUAACGGCCCAUCAGCGUAGAGACAGAGUGAGCGUGAGAGGGAGGGAGACAGCGAAAGCCACAUGAAAGGCGAACGAGACGACAUCAUUCAUCAUACCACUGCAACUCUCAGUCAUCAAAAUCAUCUUCACUUGAAAGUUUGACCUGCCUCUUUGGCCUAUUGUCAGGUUUUAUGUGUGCCGUUUUGUUAUUGUGGAAAAAAAAGGGAACAUAGCGUACCUUCAAUGCAAAUUCCUGACGUUAAGGUCACAGCAGCUCUCCAUAAGCCAUUCAGUCACCACGUAUUUCAAUAUAUUUUCAGUGAAUUAACACGAGAUCGGCUGAAGGGCUGCGUUCAGCUUGCUUACAGAUGUUGAUGCAUGAGUGCAAAAAUCAAAGUCCUCUUGUAAAGUGCACAGUGUAUUCAUUCCGGGAGUAAAUUCAGCUCACAGUUCGGCCAAAAAAGAGCCAUACAGCUAUGAAAUAUGAAAUAUAUAUCGGAUUGAAACCAUGAACGGUGGAAGCCUGACAGUGAUCCAGACCACACACACACACACACACACACACACACACACACACACACACACACACACACGGACAUUCAGUCUUACAAUAUGUUUACAGUGUUGAAGUAUGCCAUUAAUGAAAUACUCUGUGUAAGUGUUUAAAAAUGAUAAUAAAGUAUUGUUUUCUCCAAUGUUCUUUAAAAAUGUUUUUGAAUGCCAUAGCAGUUUUGUAUGAUUAUCCUGGUGGAGGGAUUUUAUCUUCAUGAAUAUGUUUCUGUAUGAUUACUUGUUCACUGUAUGGGAAGACGAUUUCUUUUUUUUAAUGUAAUAUUGCAGAAUCAUGCCAGAUUAUUAUUUUUUUUUCUAACAAGAGUGGUGCCAUUAUUGACUUAUGGCCUCUCCUCUGUGUUUUUUUGUUGUUGUUGGUUUGGUGAAGCCAUCCCUCAAGGAUGUAAAACAAAAUGAUUUUCAAAAAAAAAAAAAAAAGGAUAAGAAAGAAGCUGAACCUUCCGCAGGGGGAAUAUUAUGGUUUGUGAGGGAAUACUUUUCCAAAUUCUACGAGACAUUCAUGGACAUUAUGUUUUUUGUUGCUGUUUUUUUUUUCCUCGUGGUUGGCUGAAGGUCUUGUGAUGGCACUUACAGCUGUAAUUUGAAAGCAUUUUCAUAUUUCACUUUUCACUUACACUCUUUGUACAAAACAGUUUCCUUUUUCUUUUUUUUGGG